AUGGCCCUGCCAUUACCAAACGCUGAGACCCAGGCCAGAGUCGUGAGCGAGGCCGCGCAAAACUUCAUAGACCACUACUACGAGUCGCUCAACCGGCGGCACGGGCUCGCCAACUACUACGCCAGCACGUCGCCGCUGCUGACGGCGGCGUCGGUGACGCCCGACAUCAGCAUCAACGGGCGGCAUUUGGGGGAUGGACCCGGCGCCGCGCAGGAGUAUGAGGCCCUGCUCAACACGCAGGGCGGGCCCGUCGCCUACGAGAUCGCCAGCUUCGACGCGCAGUCCGUCAACGCCAACUUCUGCAUCGGGUGUCCCGAGUCGCUGGGCGGGAGCUCAGGCGCCUCUGGGACAGCAGCGGGGGAAAGUGGAGGUGCGAGUGCAGGCGGAAGUAGUGGUAGCAGCAGCAAAGUCCAGAAGAGCAUCAAAGACGGCGACCGCGUCAGCUUCGCGCUGCAGGUCAGCGGCACGGUGCGCUACGGCCGGCCCGGCGAGGACGGCGCCGAGGACAAGGCCUUCAACGAGUCCUGGGUGCUGGUGCCGCACUGGGAGGCGCUGAGCCCCAAGGCCGCCAGGGGUCUGCGGCGCUGGGUCGUCGUUAGUCAGAACUUCCGCGUCUUGUGA